CAGCCCAGGGCUGCCUAUAAAGCUGGCCAGCCUGGCUCUCAGCAACCCAGCUGGGCCCCUCCUGGAGCCUCUUCCAGGGACACUUCUGCUCCGUUCCUGCUCCUCCCGAACGGCACCAUGAGGCCCCUGUGGCUCUGCUGGGCACUCUGGGUGCUGCCCCCGGCCGGCCCCGGGGUGGCCCUGACAGGGGAGCAGAUCCUGGGCAGCCUGCUGCAGCAGCUGCACCUCAGGGAGGUGCCCACCCUGGAUAAGGCCAAUGUGGAGGAGCUAGACACCCCUGGCCACGUGAGGGCCCAGUACGUGUCCCUGCUGCAGCGAGGCCACGGAGCCCGAUCCCGAGGGAAGAGGUUCAGCCAAAACUUCCGAGAGGUGGCUGGCAGGUUCCUGGCGUCCGAAGCCUCCGCGCACCUGCUGGUGUUCCACCUGGAGCAGCGACUGCCGCCCGAGAGCGAGCUGGUGCAGGCCGUGCUGCGCCUCUUCCAGGAGCCGGUCCCCAAGGCCGCGCUCCGCAGGCACGAGCGGCUGUCCCCGCGCAGCGACCGAGCGCGCGUCACCGUCCAGUGGCUGCACGUCCGCGACGAUGGCUCGAACCGCACCUCCCUGGUGGACUCCAGGCUGGUGUCCGUCCACGAGAGCGGCUGGAGGGCCUUCGACGUGACGGAGGCCGUGCACUUCUGGCAGCAGCUGAGUCGGCCCCGGCAGCCGCUGCUGCUGCAGGUGUCAGUGCAGAGGGAGCACCUGGGCCCGCUGGCCUCCAGCGCCCACCAGCUGGUCCGCUUCGCUUCUCAGGGGCCGCGGGCCGCGGGGCAGGGCGAGCCCCAGCUGGAGCUGCACGCUCUGGACCUCAGGGACUAUGGAGCUCAGGGCAACUGUGGUCCUGAGGAGCCAGGGCCCGUGGGCACCCGCUGCUGCCGCCGGGAGAUGUACAUUGACCUGCAGGACAUGAAGUGGGCUGAGCACUGGGUCCUGGAGCCCCCGGGUUUCCUGGCCUACGAGUGUGUGGGCACCUGCCAGCAGCCUCCGGAGCCCCUGACCUUCAAGUGGCCGUUUCUGGGGCCAAGGCAGUGCGUCGCCUCGGAGAUGACCUCGCUGCCCAUGAUUGUCAGCGUCAAGGAGGGGGGCAGGCUCAGGCCGCAGGUGGUCAGCCUACCCAACAUGAGGGUGCAGAAGUGCAGCUGUGCCUCAGAUGGGGCGCCAGUGCCAAGGAAGUUGGAGCCGUAGGGCAGGUGGACUCAUGCACUGAAGCAGGUCCUACUGUAGAUCCUAAUUUUCUACUUAGCAAGUCACCCCUGCCCCAGUUUGAAUGCCCAUAUUUUACCUUUCCCGGUGUGUUCUUCCUUUUCUUGUCCUUCUGUCCAUCACCCACACCACCCCACAAGCACUUACAUGAGUAACUAAUGGAAGUUGGGUUGCUGAGCUCUAGAGGAAAAUCCCGGCCUACUUGUUAUAGGAUGUAACUGAGCAUGGGCAGAUUGCCGGCUGGUAGCAUCUGUUCCCUAGAAAAUUCUCAGCUGAGUGUGGGACAGCACACCCUAUGAUGAGGACUGGGAUGAGAUUGAUUUGCUCUAUAUAUGAUGAAGUAAAACAAAGCAAGACCAUCCCUUUGCUCCCCCUAGGUAGGGAGACUUAAAAAAGAACCCUCGUUCCCCCAAUUAUUGACCCAUUAUGGACUUCUGUAAACAUACUUGGGUCCUGUUCCCAUGAGGGAGUGCUAGGAGAGAGGAUGAAGGGCUACUGGCUAGAGGCAAUGAACAGGGAAUCAGGACACUUGGCUUCUGGAUCUAACAGGGCCACAGCUAUGAACUUAAGCAAAUGCAGACAUCUUUAGGCCACCGUUUCCUCUUAAAAAGGAAGAACUGGGAUUCAGCUCUAAAACUUCAUUGCCCUGGAGAUCAGACAGCCCUAACCCACCCACUCCUCUGCACCCCCAGAGACCCAGCAUUGCCUGCACAUAUUUAGUCAUUUCCCUGUUUAGAGAACUUAUCCCCAGAACCCACAUGUAUUUACUUUUCCUUUAAUUUAGUAAAAAACAAUUGAAUGCAGAUAAUGUGCUGAAAUAAAAGUGAUG